CGUUGCCUGUCAACCAACAGCUAAAACACAUCUAGCCUUUGAGUGCAAUUAAGUGAGCAAUUAAGGUAAUAAAGUAACUAAUUAAUUAAUUAAUAAUCAUGUCAACUAGAUCCCUCACCAUAUUCACUCUUGCUCAUAUAUGGCUUUUGAUGGCCACAGCAUCAAUAGCCCAAUUCAUUAUCGAUACCGGCGGCGAACCCGUUGAGAUCGAUGAGGAAUACUUCAUUGUGCCUGCUACUGCAGGCAACGGAGGACGAUCCACUUUGGUCACCAGAGAUGGAUCAUGUCCUUUCAAUGUUGGUGUUGAGAACACUAACUCGCAAAAUGGUUUGGACGUGAAAUUCACUCCUUUUGCUCCUCAUAAUGAUGAUGACAAUGUGAGGCUUAAUAGGGAUUUGAGAAUAUCAUUUGAUGAAGAUUCCUCAAAUUGUGGUCGGUCUACAGAAUGGAGAUUGGGUGAGAGGGAUGCAAAGAGUGGAAGAAGGUUGAUUAUCACAGGAAGAGAUGAUAGUACAAUUGGAUCAUUUGGUAACUUCUUUAGGAUUGUACAAACUCAAACUGUAGGUAUCUAUAAUAUUCAAUGGUGUCCUAAAGAGGUUUGCCCUACUUGUGAUUUUAUAUGUGGCACUGUUGGUAUUCUUCGUGAGAAUGGAAAGAUUUUGUUGGCCCUUGAUGGUGAUGCCCUCCCAUUUGUGUUCCAGAAUGAAUAAUUAUGUAGUUGGUGUGUGAGUUAUGUAUGUACUUGUGUUUUUAUUUAGUGGUGUACAAAUAAAUACUCUCUCCGACUUGAGUAUAAGCAAUUUUAAAUUAAUUUAAUUUAAAAUUGUUUAUACUUAAAGUUAGAAAGAGUGUAUUGGAGUUAUUGUUUAUUUUCAAUAAAUAGUGGAAGGAGAAAGAUAAUAGUACCUGUACUAUGAUCUUGAUUCAUAUAUAUUUCAUAUAUAUUGAAUAAAAGUUCUAAAAAUUUGUUUA